AUGUCUCACCCAAGUUAUCUUGAGGAUGGUACACCUAAGAUAGUCAUCCCCGCAAAUGUCAUUCGGCGAACUUCAAAAACUUGGAAAGAAUUCCUUAUUAGUCGGUUUUGCGGUUCAGCUCCUCCAAUUUCAAAAGUCAUUGUCGAUCUUUCUCCCAUAUGGGGACGUCAUUGCAGGUUAACAGUCCAUCGUGCUAGUCCUACCGCCUACUUAUUCCACAUUCCAAACCUUUCAACUCGGCAGUGGGUUCUCGAGGUUGGUCUUUGGCAAGUUUUGAAGUGUAGCCUUGUCAUGAAAUAUUCUCCAAGUGACACAAUACAAAGCUUCAACCUCGUCUCUGCCCCAAUCUGGGUUCAACUCUCCAAUAUCCCACCAGAGAUGUUCUCAGAGGAAGCCGUUAGCUGGAUUGCCAGUGGAAUUGGUGACCCUAUGCCUUCGAACAAAUCUAUUCUGGAUUACUCUAAAAUUGGAGAAGCCAAGCUGAAAGUGGAAGUCUUUCUUACUGAUGAUCUUCCUUCUGAAGUGGUCGCUGCAGACGAGGAUGGGAAUGAAGUCCGCAUCAAAGCUACAUACCCAAACAUCCCUUUCAAAUGCUCUAUCUAUCAUUGCUUUGAUCAUGCUAACUCUCGAUGCAACCAAAUCUCUCGCCGUAACCAGUCUGCGGCUAAAUCUGUGGCUCCAUCGGCCUCAACUGAUGCCCUCACUCUUAAUCAAUCAACCGGUAGUAUCUCCCACUCCCUCGCAGAGACUCCAAAUAUUGCCGCUCCGACGAGUCCCCGUAUUACUUAUGUUGCUCCCAUUGUUCCCUCCAAGGAUGGACCAUCCAUUGCUUCACCUGAUUUACAGGCAUCAGUUUCAGAAUCCUCUGUUGAUGUAGUUGGUCAAGCCCCGUCCUCGUCCGAGUCUGAUCCACCAGAUGUUGACCUGCAACCUACUCUAGCAAACACAUCCUUGGUCAAUUCAAACCAACCAUUAGUGGGCCUCUCCCCCAAGGCUUUAAACUUCUCGGACAACCCUCUAAAUCCAGCAAGCCCAUUUGUUCCCGAAGCCUCUUUUGUGUGCCAUCCUUGUUCCCAACAAGGCCUAUCUUCCAACGUUGCUUUCUCACCUCAGGUCAUAGAGAAACCGAAGGAGGUUAAUCUUACUCCCCCCUCCACCGACUGA